AUGACAGCCAAUCGUAUUGAUCCCUAUUCAUUAAUAAUUCUCGAUGUACCAAAAAUUUGGUCAUUGGACGGAAUUUAUGACGAUUUGAUCAAUAAUUACGGUGAUGGAAUUGCAGAUGUAAAACGAAUGUUUAACAAGGAUGGUAUACCGGUGAAAUCAGUUCGAGUAGAAUUUCACUCAUCGGACCAAGUACAGGACCUCUUAGAAAGUGGACAAAUAAUUCUUAGUGGACAAACUAAGGAUGUAAAAGAAUAUUUUCUGCCAAUGAUUUGUUUUGUUUGUGAAGGAAUUGGACAUCCAUCGAGAAAUUGUCCAAAUGUUGACCCCUGUUCAAAAUGUCACAAAAGACACUACAUUAACCAGACAACAUGUUCACCGAUGAGUCAACCAAUAAAUGAAAAUCACAAACCAAAUGCAAAAGCCCCAAUAAAAGUAAAUCGUUCAUCGACACCAACAUCUACUGCUAGUGAAAACUCAACAAUGAACAACGUCGCAUCCAGCGUUAAUGUUUCCACGCCACUAAAUAAUAUAGAAGCGCUAAUAAGAGCUCAAACAGCAAAAUAUGAACAGAUGAUAGAUGAUUUGGAGGUGAGACCGACGACACGAAUUUCUCAUAUUGAAACACAACUGAAAAACUGUGGGAGAAUAACCAAUCCAUAA